AUGGCCAAAAUCUACAAGGACACGCGCGUCGAUCUUCGACCGUACGCACCGUCCACCGCCGUCCACAUCCAGAUCCCGACGGACAGCGCACCCCGUCGCCCGCGGUUCUCGAUCUCAUCCACCCCCGACCACGAACCUCCCGUCGCCAAGGACGAAGACGAAUUUGCUCGCCGCUACCUCGCGACCCAGGGCGAUGUCUACUUUCGCAAGCGCAAGAUCUACCCGAGGACGUUCCUGUGGCGGGUCAUCAAUGACAACAGGGUGUUGGAGAUCCUGUGCGCGGACCUGACCAAAUCUGCGACGGAACACAGCGAGUACAACGUCACGCUGCGGCUGGACUUUCAGGAGCCGAUCAUUCCGUCAGGAGUCGCGCUCGCAGACCUGGAAGACCAUGAGAUUCUCCACGUUUUCGUGAUCACGGCUUCCAAGCAGCUGCACACCUUGUCGCUCCGCCCCGAAUUUUUCCGUCGCGCGGGUGCAAUUGAUGAGAAUGUGACUGAGUGGUGCAAGACAUGUGUUCCUGCGCCUUUGGCCUUCUCGUAUCCUCAUCGGCUCCACGCGAGCAGCCCGUUAGAACUGUUCAUUUCACUUGAGAAUGGUGCGCUGCUUCGCCUCACCAGGAGGGCUGGUGAUGACGGUUCUCAUUGGUCUCCUCUCACCUUCGACGAGAGGACCUGGGGUGCAUCGAUCCGUGGCCUCGUCAAGUGGAACUCACAGGCCUCGAUCAAACACAACGGACGCAGCCUGGACCCGAACGUCGCAAACGCUAUUGCUACGACAUCAGACGAGACCUAUGUCUUCGCCGUUUGCCUAAACCACACCCUGAAGAUAUGGAAUCUCGCAACGAACAAACUGGCCGCAACGAAGGAUCUCCUCGGCCGCCCAAUCCAGGACCCGGAAACGGUUCUGUACACCUUGAAUCCCGCCGACUCGUCAUUCAUUCGCGUGUUUAAUGCAGAGAGAGCAAUGGACGGGAAUGAUCGCUUUUACAUCGUCACAUAUUCACCAUUCGAGGACGGACGCUUCAAGUUCUGGGCGGCCAAGGGAGGCUUGACAUCUGACCUGGUCAUUGAAGAAUUGUUUGCCGACGCUGUUUUCCGGCCUGUCGAUCCAGAUGAUACCGGGAAUAUGUUCUGGAGCGUUGCCGAUUUCCAGGUAAAACCCAUGGAAGAAGGGAAGGGCAUGGAGUUAUGGGUGCUUUGGAGAAACCACGGCCUCUACCAACUGUACACUCUCCACUUCGAUCUUCAGACCUUGGUGGCAGACUGGUCUACGAAUUGGGUGUCAACAACUUUUGAGACCCAUCGACAAGAACACCUGCCUGCGCCUGCCCUCGAUGAUGUCGUCGAUCCCACCGAAAAGUGGCUGGAGUACAUUCUCAAACCGAACAGAUACUCGCCUGAAGUGCUUGAAACCGCUCUGGCCGUUUAUCAAGAGGCUCUCAAACCCUUAUCGUCCUCGUCGGGAGUUCUGAAGAAGAGCGGGCCAUUGCCAGAACGGCUCUGCUCUACGGUGGCAGCCACAGUCUCUCUGCGUAAAUACGCGGAAGAUGAGAUGGAUUACACCCGAUACCGAGUCGAUACGGAUUCCAAGUGGCGCCAGUUCUGGCAGGUUGCCGACGAUCUCAACAAGCGGAGAUUCGAGCCGGUUUCCCUAGCUUAUGACUCUUAUUUCGAGAUGCCGUGGAUGCUCCUCUCAGAUGCCUGUGCAGUUAUUCGGGAAUGCAGCACCGCCGAAUUGCUUCUUCACAAUGAAGGAGCGGAUAUACGCGAAGAAGCACCGAAGGUCAUGGAUCGUUGGAGACAUCGCAAUCUUUCGUCUGAGCUUGGAACCCUCUAUGAAGAAGCUUCAUCAUUGAUGAGAGUCGCAUCCGAUUUCCACAAGAAGUUUUCAACCGAGCUUGACGCUGCGUGCCGGGCUGCUCUCGAUGCCGAGAUCUUUUCAGAACCGUCGUCAUCAAUCACAGAUCGUAUGGAUUUGUUCCGAGAGCGUAGCGAGUUUUCCGACCAGAUCUCCAACAAGACCUUUGACAGUUUAGUCAGUGAUUUGAACGAGUACCUGGAGGAUGCAUACAACUUGCCCGGCGAUGUCUUUGACGCCGUCAUUGAUACGCUUCCGCUCGGAUUUCACGGCAAAGACUCGGAGCUUAUCUCGACUUAUUUCGGUGCCCGCAUGGCUGUCAGUGGUGCUCAAGAAACGAUUCUUCAAACUCGUCAAGUUCUUUUCGACUUGCUGAUCUUGGUCACCUUUGUAGAUGGAGAGAUGGAACAAGGGGACGAUUCUACUUUCGAUGCAGCCGGUCUAUUUUCUACACUCAUUGGCCUGCUCCGUGAAUAUGAGAUGAUGUCUUGGCUAAGCUCGAAAGUCCGGAAAUGCCCAGAUCACAUCACAACGGACGCUUCCGCGCCUAUUUUCUCGUUGAAGGACACCGGGACAAAGACCAAAAACCAACGGACGGCGACUAUUCUGGAAGAUCUUUUUGUCGCGGACAUUAAGCCACGUCAACUUUUUGGAAUCCCGCAAAGCUAUGCCUUGACUUUGGGGAUCCGGGAUGUCCUAUCUUGGGUUACUCGACAAGGCGAGGUGACCUACCCCAACGCGUUGGCCUACAUUCAGUGUGACCUGAUCGCGAGAAAUGACAUUGACCUUGCCUGGGAUUUUCUCCGCUUCCAAGCAAGCACUUCCUGGGCGACCUAUGUCAAGGGCCGCUUACACGUGGCUGUGUCGGAAUUCGAUACUGCCGCCAUCUACUUUCGAAAGGCAGCAUAUCUUCUAUCCUGCGGAAAACCACUUGGUAACCUCCAUGAGAUGUCGUCAACACUCCUCGACCUAGUUUCUGUGGAUUGUUUCCACAACGGAAUACCGAAAUACUAUCAGCACAUCCUGUCAAUAUUUGAACAAGUGCGCUCUUUCUCCCAUGUUGCGGAUUUUGCCAGCCUGGCCCUGCAAGCGCUCGACUCCGAGUCGUGGUCAGAGCAAGACCCGGAAUACACAAGCAUGCGAACGGACCUGCUUUCGCGUCUAUUCCACGCAUCUUUGAAGACUUGUCAAUUUGAUCAAGCCUAUUCCGCCCUGGCCCGAUACCAAGACCUUGCACUGCAGAAGUCUGCGCUCGGCUCGCUCAUCAGCAAUAUCCUGGCUGUCUCCGGUCCCGGAUCUGUCGGGAUUAAGCAAAUCCUCCGCUUCCCUACCUCGCUCGUGCCCAAUAUCGCCUCUCAUGUUGACGAGAUCCUCGUCUCCCUCACUCGCAAACAGACCUCCUUCGUGUCCUGGCUGGAUACCGACAAUAACUGGGCCGACAGUGCGCCGGACUACCAUCGCAUCCUGCAGGCUUAUCGCAUCGCUCGUAGCGACUACCGUGGCGCCGCUGAAAUCGCCUACCGCAACGUCCAGCGUCUCCGCAAAAGCCGCGACACUCCAUCCUCAGCCGUCGCUCGCAAGGGCAAAAAAGAAAUCGACGAGUCCACCCGCCCGCCCGUCGAAGAGGACGAUGCGGAAAGCAAGGAGAUCCGCCACGAGCUUCUUUCGCUCAUCAAUCUCUUGGCGAGCGUCGACAAGAGCGAAGCCUACAUCCUCGUCGAGACCGGGCCCUCUGCUUCCUCCUUGCCAGCUACGACCUCUAGUGCAGCCACAUCCCCCGAACGGCGUCGUAGCAUGCAAGCAGACGACGAUGGGAACGUCUUCAUGGACGACGUCGACAUGCGCUCCCCAUCGCCGUCGGCGGCUAGACGCCGAUCUUCGAGCGCUGCAUCCUUCCCCAACGGCGGCCGCAGAGACAGCAGAUCCUCAGCAGGCGGCGGCAGCAGGACAGGAGGACGUGGCGGCGUGACUUUCAAGAUCCCUUCUUCGAAUGAACCGCCCCAGCGGCGCGUCAUCGUCACACUCGAUCACCUACGUCGCGAAUACCAGUCCGAACUGGACCGUGUGAGUCGCAUCGAACGCGGUGAUUGGGAGUUUGGGCUUCUCGGCGAUGAUGUUGAGGUCGAUCAUGAUGAAACGAUGGUUCUUUCGUAG